ACAAACUGUCCCCCAGGAUGUCCGAACACGGCAUUCCUCCCUCAUCUUCCUUAUCUAACUCAGAGGAGGAGUUAGUUGGUUGUUUGUUGGUGUGAUGCUUGAUUAUAAAAAACAGUCAAUCUGGGAUCUCGUGUAUUAACUAGCGACGAGGAAGAGGACAAGGGACACGGACAGUCUUUGUGUUACAGGUCACAGUGAGUUUAUCAUGUCUUUCACUAAACACUAACUGCGCUUCUCAGUGAAAGUGAGACUGGCUAUCCGUGCACACUGCUGCUACAUUGAUAUGAUGAGAGUGCACUUGAAGAGCUCCAAUGACGUAAUGGGCAUGUGCGGUGGAACAGCGGUGGUCCUUCGACGAAUCCUCUGCCUCCUCCUCCUCCUCGUCUUCAUUCGGGGUUGCCACAGUAACGGCAUUCGGGGAGGUAGAAUCCUGGUCUUCCCAGAGGAUGGCAGCCACUGGCUCAACAUGGAGGUCAUCCUCCGAGAGCUCCACUCCAGAGGUCACAACCUCACCGUGCUGCGCUCUGCCAAGAGCUGGUACAUUCCCCAGAAUUCCCCUGUCUACACCUCUAUCACCGUGAACCCUGCUCCUCCUCCGGCGGGCGAGGACCUGGGUCCUGACUUCUACACCAUCCUGAUGCAGCGCUCACUGAAACUCCGCAGGAUGUUACCGGUCCUCCGUUUCCUGGAGCAGCAGAAGGACACGGCGGCCAUGUUGAUGAUGUUUCACAGCGAGGCACUCUGCAUGAUCUCCACCAUCUUGGAUGACUCCGUCCUCGUCGCCAAACUGAGGGUGUCCAGAUUUGACCUGAUGCUCACCGACCCUGCCUUCCCUGCUGGAGUGCUCCUGGCCCAAUACCUGGGCAUGCCCAUGGUUUAUAAUGUCCGCUGGCUCAACGCAGGCGAGGCCCACAUGACUGUUGCCCCCACGCUGCCCUCCUAUGUUCCGAUGUACAACUCCCUGUUCAGCGAUAAUAUGGACCUCCUUCAGAGGACAGAGAACUUCCUGCGUUACCUGGUCAUCCUCCUCCAGGAGCACCUGGUCAUCCUGCCACUCUACGUCAACCUGCUCCAACGUCACUUCCCCCCUGGUGCUGACCUGCUCUCCAUGCAGCGCUCAGCAGACGUGUGGCUGAUGCGGGUGGACUUUGUCUUUGAGUUCCCGCGGCCUACCAUGCCCAAUGUGGUCUAUGUGGGGGGCUUCCAGUGCCGUCCAGCUGAGCCACUUCCUGCUGACCUGGAGGCCUUCAUGCAGAGCUCUGGAGAGCACGGGGUGGUGGUCAUGUCUCUGGGAACGCUGGUGUCCGCCCUGCCUAAGGAGGUGACCGAGGCGGUGGCCCAAGCCUUUGCCCUGCUGCCCCACAAGGUGGUGUGGAGGUUCCUGGGAGAAAGACCCUCUUCCCUGGGGAACAACACCCUGCUACUGGACUGGCUCCCCCAGAACGACCUCCUGGGCCACCCCAAAACCCGCGCCUUCGUGGCUCACGGAGGCACCAACGGCCUGUAUGAGGCCAUCUACCACGGGGUCCCUGUGCUGGGCCUGCCGCUCCUCUUCGACCAGUUUGACAACGUCCUGCGACUGCAGGUGCGCGGGGUGGCACGGGUGCUGGAGGCCGCCACUCUCACCACAGAGGACUUUCUGGAGGCCCUAAGGGAUGUGCUGGAGAAUAAGUCCUACCGCCACAACAUGCAGAAGCUCUCUGGCCUGCACCGCGACACGCCCCUGUCCCCGCUCGCCAGUGCCACCUUCUGGAUUGAGUACGUGAUGAGGAACGGUGGAGCGUCCCACCUGCGCACCGAAGCCUACAGCCUGCCCUGGUACUCCUACCACAGCCUGGACGUGGCGGCGCUGCUCCUGGCCCUCAGCGGGGCCUCUCUCUGGGCAUCAGUCUAUGUCUGCAGCAGGCUGUGCUGCAGGAGCUCCAGGAGGAAGACCAAGCUGGAGUGAGACAUGAAUCUAAAGAUGGGCCAAGAUGGCUAUUUUAGAUGUUGUACGUAUUUGACCAUCAAUUGGCACUUUUCCGUCAACGAUUUUAAAAAUUGCUCAAACGAAUCUUGAGAAAAUUUUUACACAUUCAAAAAAUCCACCAUAAAUACAUAAUAACAUUAAAAGGGAAGUACAUGACUCAAUAAAAACUGAGGAAAAGUUAUUUAUAUUCAGWCUGGCCUUAGGGAAUGUGGUGCCCUGGAACUGUCAGAUUACGUAUUGGAUUUCAGUCUGGUGAGGGAAAGUACAAGAUGACAAAGAUAACACUCUCCUCUCUAUGAUAUCAUGUGUUAAAAAUACAGCCUAGCCAACAUUGUCUCACACUCCCAUUCUCCUCAAACAAUUUGAAUUGUGUAGUUGUAGCUUUUCCCUGUGCCUGAGCUACAAAGUAAACUUAGGGUAAAUUAUGACUAUACUGUAUACCACAGUCGUACACAGUCAACAAAUAUGUUUGUUCAAAGGAAAAAUAUAUGUCAUACUCAUACUUUUCCACCUAAAAGCCCCAGUAAGAAGUCUCAAUAAAGAUGUAAUUAUUGUCA